CCGAUAUUCCGUGUUUAUCUGCCGAUGCCAAGGUGUCAGGUUGUCUCCAAUUCGACGUCGCGAAUUCCUUUUAGUAAGUUGCCGCUUUGGGUCAAUCUGCGAGCACAUGCCAACAACGGUCAAGAACGGAAAGUGUUUGAGAGUGAGUCAGUGGUGGCGAUCUCAGAGCUUCUCGCAACAGUAGCCGGGCAACAGCAGAGGUCAGGCAGCCGCCGCUGCGUCCUUGUCUUUUGUCAAGUGCUUCCCAGGGUCAAAAAUGUUCUUGACAGUCGAGAGAGAGAGAGAUGAUAGCAGCAGACACAGCAUCUCGGGCACACUGGGCUGGGUAUACUUUUGCG